UGCUUACUUUUGUUUAAUUUCAAUGCAGGUAGUUGACCAGAUUGAUACACUGACCUCUGACCUGCAGCUGGAGGAGGAAAUGACGGACAGUUCUAAAACUGAUACCCUAAACAGCAGUUCAAGCAGUACAACGGCAUCCAGCCUUGAGAAAAUCAAAAUGAAUUCUGAUCUGCCGGUCAUCAAAGCUGCUUUGAACCCAUCAUCAUCAGUUUUAACUGUACUGAAGAAGCCAAACCCACCACCUCCACCUCCUCGACUAACUCCUUUAAAGACUGAAGACCCUCACAGAUCUGUUUCCAUGACACAGAUAGUAAAGGCCAGUAGGACUGUACUUCAUAAUGGAGUAUCUGCUGGUGCAACGAGCAGAGUUCCCAAUGGGGAUGUGUUUUGUAUACCAGGUAGUGAUCCAGACAGAGGGCCCAUUCAGACUGUGCUACACAAACCGGAGAAAGACAGGUGUCAACAGACAACAGCAACAACAACAAGGGAGAGAGUACGAUUCAGUGAAAAAGUUCAGUACCAUGGCUACUGUCCAGACUGUGAUGUACAAUAUGAUAUGAAAAAUAGGGAUGUACAUUUGCACAUGGAGACUAUCCAGAAGGUAGUAAAGCCACCUCACCACUGUCCGCCGUCACCUCCUCCUCUUCCACCCUUACAAAAUGGACAGUUGAACAUAAGUUCUAGUAAUAGCUUUCCCCCUGUUAGACCUGCAACUGUGCCUCCAUCAACUGCACCAAAACCCCAGAAAACUAUCCUGAGGAAAUCAACCACCACAACAGUGUGAUUGUUUCCACUUUUAAACUAAUAUUUUUUUAUUUUAUUUUAU